UGUAGUGAUAUUAUCUGUGGUGAGUGCAACAGCCUUUUAGGUUGGAGAUUUAUUAAAGUGCCAGAGGAAACCGAUGUACUUAAGACUGGAAGAGUACUAGCGCAUUUGAACAAGCUCCUGAUGUGGGAUGGAAGGGAGAUGCUGUAUCCAGAUACACUAAUGGUUACAUUCAAUCAAACAACAGCUGCCCAUUUCUUCCUCUGCUGUCAAUGUAGUACCCUCCUUGUCUUGGUUAAAGAUUUAAUGCAUCUCAUCCCAGACAUAAUGAUCAACGCAGGCAUCUUUCAAAAUGUUGUCAACGUGGAUGUUGCUGGCGAAGCACAUUAUCGAGCAGAGGAUGCUAACGUGGUUACUGAUGUUAACUGUAAAGGUUGCAGGAAGCUUUUGGGUUGGAAAUUUGUUUUUGUGCCAGUGCAAACCAAGGAAGUUCAGACCGGAAGAUUCCUACUGCAUUUGAAAAAGCUGCUGAGGUGGGAUAUUAAUGAUGAACCUGUUGAAAAUGCUUGAAUAGAUAGUGGAUAAGACAUUCGCAAUGACAACUUAUGGAGGACUCAUAUAUACAUGUAGUAUCAAAUUCAUCCAUUUUUUUGUUACUCUUAGAAUUCUGAUUUGGUGUUUUCUCUAGUUCACGCGAUACUCUAUAUGGAGCAAGGGGCAUAAAGUUAAUAGUUAAUAGUUGUUUUUGGAUAGGCGCUUUUUAUGCGUUUACUA